AUGGAGCCCAAGUCUUAUGAAAGCACCUUGGUAGGCUCUCACGAGCCUGCUGAGCUCGACAGCUCUUCAUCCUCGGUAAUAACUAAUAUUAUGGGUGGUAGUCCUUAUAGAGAUAUCGAAAAGAAUGACAAUCUAGACGAUGAGCCUACUCUUCUAGUGGAGGAGAGGCUAGCGGAACAGGAUUUUAUUACUAGAGUUCUCACCAACGGUUCCCGUCAUGCAAACGAUUACGCCGAUAUGGACUUUGCUGAGGGCAAAAAAUAUCCCCCUCUACUGAAUGUUGACAGGGAGUUAUAUCGUGUCGAUUUUAGUGGUCCCGAUGACCCCAUACAUCCAUUUAAUUGGCCAAUAUAUAAAAAAGUCCUGAUUUCUGCCAGUUUAUGCUUUUCUACAUUCUGUGUAACUUGGGGUUCAGCUAUUUAUGCCCCAAGUACACAGCAGAUUAUGUCGGAGUUCAACGUUGGUUUAGAAGUGGCCAUUCUCGGUGUAUCAGUGUUUGUGUUGGGCUUUGCUUCCGGCCCUGUGGUGUGGGCCCCGUGCUCGGAAUUAUAUGGAAGAAAGCUUCCUUCAGUCUUAUCUGCUUUUGGGUUUGUGUUGUUCAUUUUCGGUGCUUCCACAGCAAAAGAUAUCCAGACACUUAUUAUCUGUCGUUUCUUUGCUGGAUUUUUGGGGGCUGCUCCAUGGGCUGUUGUUGGAGGUGCAUUGGCCGAUAUGUUCAACCCCGGGCAGCGUGGUACCGCCAUUGCCUGUUUUAUGUGCGUUAAUUUUACUGGUCCUGUUUUGGCUCCUAUUGUUGGUGGUUUUAUCGUCAACUCGGAAUUACACUGGAGAUGGACUCAGUAUAUCACUGGAAUAAUGGGAACAUUGGCGCUCAUUGCCGACAUCUUUAUUAUCGAUGAGUCGUAUCAUCCAGUAAUUUUGUCCAGAAAAGCUCGCAGUUUAAGAGAACAGACUGGAAACUGGGCCAUUUAUGCCCCUCAUGACGAAGUCUCGGUAGAUCUCAACGACAUGGUAUCACGACACCUGACAAGACCUUUAAAAAUGCUCUUCACUGAACAGAUCUUGUUUCUCGUGUCCCUAUACACAGCAUUUCUGUAUGGAAUCCUUUAUCUUUUUUUGGAGGCGUAUCCUAUUGUCUUUAAAGAGUAUGGAUUUAAAGGUGGCAUUACCAAUCUUCCAUAUAUUGGGGUUUUAGUUGGAAUACUGAUUGGUGGAACCUGUAACAUUUUGAUCUUCGAACCAUAUUUUACUCGGCAGCUUAUUGCCAAUGGCGGUAAACCAAUACCUCAAGCCCGUCUUCCUGCGAUGAUGGUUGGUGGAAUUGCAUUUCCUAUGGGUCUCUUUUGGUUUGCCUGGACGGGCUCCUAUCCUGACAAGAUUCAUUGGAUCGUGCCAUCGCUAUCAGGAGUUUUGACUGGUUUUGGUUUAUUCAUCAUCUUCCCCCCUGCCAUCAGUUAUUUAGUUGAUAUCUACCUUCCAUUUGCUGCCAGUGCAAUGGCUGCAACAACGCUUCUAAGAUCUACUUUUGGUGGUAUCUUCCCAUUAUUUGCCAACCCGAUGUUCAAUGGCAUGGGAAUCAACUGGGCAGGUACCCUUAUUGCAUGUGUCGGAGUACUUCUGUGCCCCGUUCCCUUUUUAUUCUACAGAUAUGGCAACCAGAUUAUUGCCAAAUCGAAAUUUGCAUUAUGA